AUGGAGGAUCUGGAAAGUGAGAAGUAUACAGUUCACGACCCCUGUGUGACCUGGUUGGAUGAGAAUGAGGUUGCUCUCAGAACCAGAGAGGGUCAUGUCCUGUCCUACAGCCUCCACUCCAACAUCACAGCUACCCUGCUGGACAACAGCUCUUUAGAUUUGACUUACACAAAGUUCCAUGUGUCUGCAGACAAGAGGUUUGUCUUGUUGACAUACAACAUUCAACCGAUUUUCUCUCAGUCCUUCACAGCCUCUUAUGCCAUCUACAAUGUGGCUAAAGGGGUUCUGUUGGAGCUUAACCCUCCAGCGGGGGAGAAGGCAUUGAUACAGUAUGCAGCCUGGGGACUGCAGGGGAACCAGCUGGCCUUUGUGUUUGAAGGCGAUAUCUACUACCAGACAGAAGUGAGCAGUAAACCUCUCCGCCUCACAGCUACAGGCAGAGAGGGGCUGGUGGUCAACGGGCUGAGUGACUGGAUUUACGAGGAGGAAGUGCUCUUGACUUACCCUGCCAACUGGUGGUCGAAAGAUGGAGCUCGCUUGGCAUACCUCACCAUCAACAACUCUGCCACACCGCUAAUGGAGAUACCUCACUUCUUGGGUGGGGUCUAUCCCUCCAAUGUGUUCUUUCCUUACCCCAAGGCUGGCUCCACCAUCCCCACUGUCAGUCUGUUUGUGGUGAAUCUCUAUGGUCCAGCUCACACUCUAGAGAUGAUCCCUCCAGACUCUGUCAGGGCCAGAGACCGCUACAUCUCCAUGGUGACAUGGAUCAGCAGCACUCAGUUGGCGGUACGUUGGUUGAACCGGGCCCAGAACCAAUCAGAGCUCUGUGUGUGUGAGGCCACCACUGGGGCAUGCUCAAAGGAGGUGCCAUUGUUUUCAUCUGAUGGCUCUUGGUUUUAUUUGACGUUGCCAGCCAAGCAGGGUGCCCGGGGGGAGUUCCGCCACAUUGCCAGUCUGCCAGCCCAGCCUGCCAUCCCCUCUGUCCCUCCUCGCUUUCUGACGUCCGGGAACUGGGAUGUCACUGUGCUGUGUGCCCUGGAUGAGGACAAUAGGAAAAUCUACUUCCUCAGCACAGAAGAAUCCAGACAGAGCAGACACCUGUACAGUGCGGACUUUGAAGGGAUCUUCCAACGCCAGUGUCUGACCUGCAACCUUCUAGAUGACUGUAGCUUUUUCAAAGCAGUGUUCAGCCCCAAUCAGACAUAUUUCACACUUUAUUGCCUAGGCCCCGGAGUCCCCAAGGUGACAGUACACAACACGAAGGACCCCUCCAGUGAGUCUGGAUCUCCUUUAGGAUACAUAGUUCUGGAGGACAACACACCUCUCUCUGAGACCCUAGAAGGGAAGAGACUCCCAGAGACGGUCUUCAAGACCCUCGCAGCUGACAACCAUGAUCUACACCUGAAGCUGUCUCUGCCCCAGGGUUAUGAGGCCCACCUUCUCCCUCUACUCAUCAUUGUGGACGGAGUUCCAGGCAGUCAGUCGGUGACGGAGGAGUUUACUAUGGGAUGGCCUGAGGUGCUCGCCAGCACACAUGACAUGGCGUUAGCCUGGGUGGAUGGAAGGAGUGGGGUCGGCCGGGGGCAGAAGAUUAGCAGUGUGGAUCCCCGCAAGCUCAGCUCCCUCAGAGUCAAAGAUCAACUAGGAGUCGUAGAGUGGUUGAUGCAAUUGCCUUACAUUGAUGAUCGGCGGAUUGCCCUGUAUGGCAAGGCAUUUGGUGGUUAUUUAUCCCUCAAGAUGCUAGCUGCGACUGAUCAGCUGUUUAAAUGUGCAGCCGCUGUGGCUCCCAUAACAGAUUUCAAACUCUACAGUGCUGCCUUCUCAGAGAGGUAUCUAGGUCUCCCAGCAAAGGAGGAGCACACUUACCUGACGGCAUCUGUAUUGGAAGAUGUUCACAAGCUUAAAGACGAGAAUUUCCUCUUACUGCAUGGGACUGCAGACGCACGGGUCCACUUCCAGCACAGUGCAGAGCUCCUGAGCCGCUUGGUGAAGGUGGAGGCCAACUACUCCCUGCAGCUGUACCCAGACGAGGGCCACAUCCUGAAGGAGCGGCGCAGCAUCCAGCAUUCCCAACGGACCUUGGUGCACUACCUCCAGACCUGCCUGAGACACAACCCCCUCCUGGCCUCCAUAGAGGAGCCAGAUGAGGAUGAGGAGGACGACUGAGUACUCCCACCUCUGGUACUGGAGAAACAUACUGAGAAGUGACGACUACUCAAAGUCAGACUACUACUAAACACUAGUCUCUUCCCACAGCCACUGACUAGACACAAGAGCACGGGAGUGUGGACCAAGAAUAUCAGAUCACAGCCUACUGUUAUCAGUUCACAGCAACUUUGGAAAUAUACAAUUUCUUCCCAACAUUGUUUGUACUGUUUGAAUUGUUGUCCCUGAUUCUUUACACUGUGUGGAUCCAUUAUCCAAGAAGUGACCAUGGCCAGGCCAAAUGUUGAUUCUUCUUAAAGUUUACAAAAUAGCCUGAACAUGCAUGUCGUAAAGGCUGCAUGAAGCAGAGUGGUUUACAAUGCAUUCUUCUAUGUUUCGUUAUCCUGCAUAUCUUAACUUUGCUUAACUUAUUACAGCUAAAAUCAGCCUGCUAUGCUGUUAUGUAACACAUACAGUGGGGCAAAAAAGUAUUUAGUCAGCCACCA